AUGAAAGAACAUGCAUACCUGGCAGCCAUUGAUCGUCUUCUUGUGCACUCUUGGAUGUGUCUCAUACGGGUGGAUGACCUAAUGAGCUUCAUGUCCAGUCCAGUGAGAGUUGAACUACUAGACAUUCUUCAAUAUUUGCAGUUCAGUAUCAGAUCUGGCAUAACUCAACCCAUGUACAAGGUUCUGAUAAAUUUGACAUCCCAUGUCAUCAAAAGAGAAAGUCACCAAAAUAACAGUUUCGAUGACAAAAAUGGGGAGUGUUGCCUGAAAACUGCAGUAAUGCUUCUUGGCUCUGUCUGCAAUUUCACAAAAGAUCCAAAUUACUCUGACCUUCCUCUCCACUUCCUUGACCUAGUCUGUCUGAUAGCCAAGGUCUACGGCCACAAUGAUUCCCAGACAAGAGAGCAAAUUCAGGAAGAGUCAUUUUGGGAGACAUUAGAAACAAUGAGGAAGUGGCGAAGAAGUACCUUCAGUAAUAAACUGCUCAAUGAAUGGAAUCAUUUGCACUUUUCUGUACCCAAUGAAAUAAAGGUAUGGAACAAUAUCCUGAAAGUAUCUUUUAGCCGUGAGGAACACACUAAAAACUGGAGAAGUACAUUCAUGAAGGAUUUUGAAGGCAAACUGAAAAAUGAAAAACAUGUAAAUCAAAUUGGAAUAUACUGUACCACAAUGGAAAAGGCGAGCAACACAUGUCCAUCAUUAUGCAGCACAAUGGAGAAAUGUGCACUGGAGGCAGUUGCAUGUAUUUGCCAGGUGCUAGAGAGGGAUUGGUUGAAUCAUUUUCAGAUGAAGCACAAACCAUGA